CGGAGCCGGCGCGGGCCCGGGCCCGGCGGGGCGGGCGGAGCGGCGGCGGCGGCGGCGGCGGCGGCGGCGGCGGAGGCGGAGGGGCCGCCCCGGGGCCGCCAUGGAGGACGGAGUUUACGUGCCCCCGGACCUGUCCCCGGAGGAGCGUCGGGAGCUGGAGUCGAUCCGGCGGCGGAAGCAGGAGCUGCUGGGGGAGAUCCGGCGCCUGCGGGAGGAGCUCAGCGACGCCAUCACCGAGGUCGAGGGGCUGGAGGCCACCGAGGGCAGCAAGACGCUGCAGCGGAACCGGAAGAUGGGGAUGGGCCGCAAGAAAUUCAACAUGGACCCAAAAAAGGGGAUCCAGUUCCUGGUGGAGCAGGAGCUGCUGCGGCACACGGCCGAGGACAUCGCGCGCUUCCUCUACAAGGGGGAGGGGCUGAACAAAACGGCCAUCGGAGACUACCUGGGAGAGAGGGAGGAGUUUAACCUGGGCGUGCUCCACGCCUUCGUGGACCUGCACGAGUUCACCGACCUCAACCUGGUGCAGGCGCUCAGGCAGUUCCUGUGGAGUUUCCGGCUGCCGGGGGAGGCGCAGAAGAUCGAUCGGAUGAUGGAGGCGUUCGCCCAGCGGUACUGCCUGUGCAACCCGGGGGUGUUCACCUGUACAGACACGUGCUACGUGCUGUCCUUCGCCGUGAUCAUGCUGAACACGAGCCUGCACAACCCCAACGUGCGCGACAAACCCUCGGCCGAGCGCUUCGUGGCCAUGAACCGCGGCAUCAACGACGGCGGCGACCUGCCCGAGGAGCUGCUCAGGAACCUGUACGAGAGCAUCCGCUCGGAGCCCUUCAAGAUCCCCGAGGAUGACGGCAACGACCUGACGCACACCUUCUUCAACCCCGACCGCGAGGGGUGGCUGCUGAAGCUGGGAGGCGGGCGGGUGAAGACGUGGAAGCGCCGUUGGUUCAUCCUGACCGACAACUGCCUCUACUACUUCGAGUACACCACGGACAAGGAGCCGCGGGGAAUCAUCCCCCUGGAGAACCUGAGCAUCCGCGAGGUCGAGGAUCCGCGCAAGCCGCACUGCUUCGAGCUGUACAUCCCCAACAGCCGGGGGCAGCUGAUCAAGGCGUGCAAGACGGAGGCGGACGGGCGCGUGGUGGAGGGGAACCACGCCGUGUACCGGAUCUCGGCGCCCACGCGGGAGCAGAAGGACGAGUGGAUCAAAUCCAUACAGUGAGCCCAAACAUUCCCAAAAAAUCCCUGGAAUUACAAAAAAAUUCCUGGGAAUUCCCAAAAUUUAAAAAAAAAACCUGGGAUUUAAUUGGGGUUUUUAAACGGGAUUUUUGGGGGUUAAAAUGGGAUUUUUCGGAGGAUUUUUGGGUUCAAAUCCAUCCAGUGAGACAGGAAAAAAUUCCCAAAAAUUCCAUAAAAUUCCAAAAAAAAUUCCUUGGAAUUC